CUUUACUCGGGUAUUUUACACAUUAUCUACGACUGAGUGGGUAAAGUACUUUGAUAAAAUGUAUAUGAGAAAAUAACGAUUGUAGAUAAAUGUUUAUGAAGAAACACACGCAAUAAUAUUUAGUACAGUGCUAGUUCGUCUUAAUACACGCGUCGUACAUAUAAUAGGUUUUUAAAAUGACUUCACGCGAAAAAUUUUAUGAAUGUUUUUAUAAAAUAGUUAAUGAAAAAAAUAAUAAUUCAGUUUAUUUAUCGGCAGUUAAGUAUAACGAAAUAGUUUCGGAAAUUAAAAAUGUGAGAUCAAGUGGAAUAAAAAGUAACAAGGCAUAUCGAAUUUUGAAAAGAUACGACCUCAUUACUAUUGGAGAAGAAGAUAAAUUAAUAUUGCCGUUGUUGGAAGGUAAUACAAACAUUUUGUACUAUAUUACUAAUGAAAAUAUCUAUGAUGUGCUACACGAUGUACAUUUGAGUAUUGGGCAUGGUGGAAAACACCGCAUGAAUGCUGAAGUUAAAAAAAAGUAUAAAAAUAUAACACAAGAAGCAGUGUCUAUUUACUUAAAGUUUUGCGAAUCGUGUCAAUCUAAACAAAAAUCUAAAAACAAGGGUCUAGUGAUUAAACCAAUGGUGUUUUCGGAAAUGAAUAGUAGGUGCCAAGUGGACCUGAUUGAUAUGCAGUCGCAGGGGGAUGGAGAGUUCCGGUUUAUUAUGGUAUAUCAGGAUCACCUUACUAAAUUCGUUCAACUAAGACCCUUUAAAACAAAGAGAGCAGAAGAAGUUGCAAAACACCUUAUCGACAUAUUUUGUAUUUUCGGAGCUCCGAUGAUAUUACAAUCUGACAAUGGCCGCGAGUUUGUAAAUAAAAUAAUAGAAGACUUAAAAGAAAUGUGGGACACACUGAAAAUCGUUCACGGAAAGCCACGCCACAGUCAGUCACAAGGAAGUGUCGAGAGAGCAAACCAAGACAUACAAAACAUGUUGAUAACAUGGAUGAAAACAAAUAACUGUAAAUCAUGGUCAGAGGGACUUCGAUUUGUACAGCUAAUGAAAAAUAGGGCCUACCACGAUGGCAUUAAAAGAUCUCCAUACAUGGCCAUGUUUGGUACUGAUGUGAAAAUUGGUUUGUCAUCAUCUUUUCUACCAGCUGAAACAGUGGAAAAAUUAACCACUGAACAAGAAUUGGAAGAAAUAUUGCAAAGUGUUGUGUCAAACUAUGAACAAAGAGAAAAUCAUAGUGUUUCCGAUAAAGAGGUAAAUUGUUGGCAAUAUAUAGUCGUUAUACCAGAUUUAAUCACUUCUAAUUUUUUUCUUAACAGGACAGUACUGUAUCUAAUUGCUGUUUUUGCUACUAGAAAGACUUUGUAUAAUCUGUACCAUUUUAAGUGUUUGAUGCGUUGGUCAUGUUGUACCGAAGUUAUAGGUUUACGAUUAUAG